CCACCACCACCAACAUAUGAACACACAAUCUCAAGUCUCUGGUACUUGAAUACUUCUUUCUACGGCAAUGCAUGCAUCCAGAGAUUACGAGAACCCCCAGCUGUUCGCGUCAAUCGACCAUGAUUCCCAAAGAGAUUUCCCCACCGCGAGAAAGGGAGGCCGUUCUAUCGUCUAGGAAGAUCGAAGGUCUAAUCGCCAAUGGCAAAUAUAUCUUUAUCUUAGACAACAAAGUCAUCAAGGCUGAUGCAUGGCUCAAUUACCAUCCGGGCGGUCUGAAAGCUAUCCAGCACAUGAUUGGGAAGGAUGCGACCGAUGAAGUGACUGCAUUACAUUCAGCAGAGACCCGGUUGCGAAUGACUCAGUAUCAGAUCGGUACAAUUGAGGGACGUUGGAAGAAUUUUGUUCCACCUAUUCAAGGUGGCACCUUUAGAAAAUAUCCCGCGGUAGUGCAGGAGGACUCGGACGAAUCGGAGGACGAGAGUGCCGACUCAGACUCAACCAGAGCAACUUCGCUCAUUUCCGACGCCAAUGGAGAAGAAGUGAGAAAACGGCGAGGAGGCAGUGAUACCGAUCGCACUUCUAUUACAUCCAUGUCAUCCGCGGCAGGCUCGGCAGCUCCAGAUGAUCUGACCUUCCUAGAUAGCCAGACGAAGCAGGAGAUGGAAUUAGACCUCGAAAAAUAUCCUGCCCUUGACUCCGAGGUGCAGGAAGGAAUCGUUCAGAAGUACAGGCUUCUCAAUCAGCGGAUCCGUGCCGAAGGUCUGUAUGAUUGCAAUUACACGGCAUAUGUAUGGGAAGCAGCGCGUUGGGUAUCUCUGUUCCUCACCAUGCUCUUCUUCCUUCGGAUUGGUUGGUACUGCACGAGUGGUGCCUUUCUGGGCAUGUUCUGGUCCCAGCUCGUAUUUGCAGCUCAUGAUGCGGGUCACGUCGCCAUCACACACAACUUUACCAUCGAUACACUCAUUGGUAUGAUCAUUGCUGCUCCGAUAGGCGGCCUAUCAUUGGGCUGGUGGAAACGUACGCACAACGUUCACCACAUUGUUACGAAUUCCCCGGAGCAUGACCCAGAUAAUCAACACCUACCCGUCUUUGCUGUCAACCACCGUUUCCUGGGCAAUAUAUGGUCUACCUACCAUGAGCGCCUACUUCCCUACGAGGCCGUCGCAAAAUUCUUGGUCCCAUUUCAGGCGUACAUGUAUUACCCUGUUCUCACACUAGGACGGUUCAACCUCUACGUCCAAUCUUGGACCUUCCUUCUUCAAGGCCAAGGUCCAAGGAAAGGGCUAGCCUGGUGGCAUCGGUACUUCGAAAUAGCGGGGAACCUGAUCUUUUGGUAUUGGUUCGGAUACCUCGUCGUCUACAAGUCAAUCCCUAAGCCGUCGGCACGAUUCGGCUUCGUGAUGGUCAGCCAUAUGAUCAACAUGCCGCUCCACGUCCAACUCACGCUCUCCCACUUCGCAAUGUCUACAACAGACCUUGGACCAGAUGAAUCCUUUCCACAGAAAAUGCUUCGCACGACCAUGGAUGUUGAUUGUCCUCAAUGGCUCGAUUUCUUCCAUGGAGGUCUCCAGUUUCAGGCUAUUCAUCACUUGUUCCCGAGGAUUCCGAGGCAUAAUUUGAGAAGGACGCAGAGUUUAGUGCAAGAAUUCUGCGAGGAUGUCAAGAUACCGUAUGCACUGUAUGGCUUCGUGGAUGGAAAUAGGGAAGUAAUCGGGAAGUUGGGGGAAGUGAGCAGGCAGGCUGCUAUUUUGGCCAAAUGCCAGAAGACGGUUGCGGAGAGGGCCGAUAUCUUUCAUGGCCAUUAGCCUCUGGCCACGUACAGAAGAUCAAGCAGCUUCACCUCCUAGGCUUCCCUUUUUAGCCUCUUGGUCCUUUGUUCAUUUCCAUGGCGCCUUGCUGUGACUUUGAUG